AUGUUGCGAGACCCACAGCACGCGAACCGCCCAUUUUUGGACCAUCGCAGCUUAUACGAUUCCAGCAAGCUCAAUGCUCUGAAGCUCGGCCUUUUCAUCGCGUUUUUGGCUUCGUCGCGUGUCGACGACGCUUCGACGAAUUUCCUCAAUGGUCCCGCAAUUCCCGUGUUCCUGUUCGCGUUGAGCGUCCAGCGAUCGGUCGUCGCAGAUCAAAAAUAUCACAAAUACGUGACCGGAAAUUGUCUGAAACUCGCGCUAGCCAUCCCAAUUCUCUUCAACAUUUUCUAUGUUGCGCAUUUUUUUCGACGAUGCCACGGCACGAUGAUGAUUUCGAAAAAAGUGUGCCCGACGAAAUAUCUGCUCACCGACGACUAUCAAGAAUGCCGCGAGCAAUUCUCGACGCUGACCACCAUCCAAAUUUGGGUGUACGUUCUAAUGCACCUCAUGCUUCCCGUGAUUUCCAUCGGAUUCUAUCUCAUCCUUUUUUGGCGAAUCCACAAAAUGGACAUGGUGUCGGGAAGCAAAAAGACCGUCGAGCUCAAUAUUAUUUUUCAAACGUUGCCGAUUCUCAUCAACACCUCGCUUCGAAUUUUCUACACCGGAUUCUUCGCCUUCAUUGGAGUUGAUGAUAGUAUUAAUACGAGUAGUGUUUGCAGCUAUGUGAAUAUUUUAAUUCUUAUCCCCAUCGGCUAUAUUUUCGGCAAUGUCGAUCGUUUGAAGAAGAUGAGGAACGUUUUGCGAAGGUCGACCGUUGGAAAUUCGGCGCUCUACGCGAAUUCAACUGUCUAUUAG